AUGGACAGCACGAAAUCAAAGAAACGGAAGUCUGAAAAAGGCAUGCGUAAAAACAAACGCGCCUCAGAUAGCAAUAUCGCAAACGAUUCCGAACCCUCUUCGAAGCGGAAGCGCGAGUCUGAAUCGAGUCACAAGAACAAGAAGAGCAAGCAGCAGGGCGAAGAGGCUGUGCUGAAUAGCACUUCUGUCGAUAUACCCAUCAAGCAAGAGCCAGCCUCUUCCUGGAUGGCAGUAAACAACCCCUCUCGGAUGGCUCAGAUCGAACCCGAACUCUCUGCUACUCCGCUGCCUCAUGAAGCGACACCGGGUCCCGAGCUGAGCAGCACUCCAGCCGGCACUCAGCUACCGUACCGAGUUGGGCGAGCUGGACAGGAUAAGGGGAAAAGAAUCGGUCCAUUCCAGGCUGAGGAAACCAAAAAGCUAGAGGAUUACAAGGUCAAUUACUGCAAUUCGCAUGGCAUUGACGCGGGAACAUUCGACAUGCUGGUGCAGCAUUCCGAACGCGAAUACUUCGACCUUCCUUGGCCCACACAUAUCUGCGGCACCAAAGUCGAAUUCUGGGCAGAACUCCAAAAAGUCCUGCCUGAGCGAGGCACCCGGUCCGUUUAUCGAUUUGCGCGGAGGCAUUUCCGGGACAAGGAGCAGAAACCACACGACUGGACGGAGGAACAAGACGACGAGUUGAUCAGGCUGUUCCUCGCUCAUGGUCCGAAGUAUGCGUACGUUGCCAAACUGCUUGGUCGCAGUGAUGAUGAUGUGACGCAACGAUGGAAAAAUAAACUUGAAUACCGCGCAUAUUUCAGAGGUGGGCCAUGGACCGUGGAGGAAACGCGCAGAUUGCUGGAGGCCCUUGAGCAGGUUCGCCAAUCUGCGCCAGAACUCAUGGCGUUCAAGGACGUGUAUGAAAUGGAUGUUAGGCUCAUUCCGUGGGGCAUGGUCAGCGAUCUAAUGAACCAUAUGCGAUCUCGCAAGCAGUGUUCGGAUAGAUGGCGCAAACUCCAAAGACACGUUUUUAGACUCCGGAUUGAAGACCCAAACGCUGUUCUGCAUCCUGAGUAUGCUCCUGGAGUCUCAAGAGUCAAAGCCCCUUAUUACGCUUACAAGCCCUUCAAAAGUGAUGAUAGAAUCCGCGAUGAUUCUAGCGAUGACAACCAAGAGAAGGAGGCAAUCAAUGCUUCAGAAUACCCGACAGUCUCGGCUGAGGUACCAACCAAUGUAAGAGCAAUUUGGGACUCAGUCCAACUUGCUUCUGAGACAAAUUCAGUGAGUGAGAACGGAGAAGAUGGCGGGGCUAUUUCGACUGGCUUGGAAGACAGAAAUUCCACGGAGGCUGCGUCAGAAGAGGCGCCUCAGAAUCUCGAGGAAUCUGUCAAGCGCCAACGGGUCGAGGACAAAAAAUUUGCUGAGGCUGAGCAGCAUUCUUCCUUGGUCGCUCAGGAUUCGGAAAUUGCAGACUUGACCAAGAAGAAGAAAAAGAACAAGGACAAGAAAGCGAGAAAGGAAAAGAAGAAGCACAGGAAGUCCCAGAUGGCGACAGAGAAUGCCGGUGACGAUGCUGCGGAUGUCACUUCGCCCACGAAGAAUCGUAAACACCAUCGCAAAUCUGAAUCAAGGCUGGAUAGCACCGUAUCAGGAGAUCAUGAUAGCGCUGGGCUUUCCAAAAAGGAAAAGAAGAGGGCAAAGAGGCGAUCAGAGGCCCAGCAAGAGCGGAAUGAUGACAACGAUAAUUAA